AGACAUAAUAUAAUCUUGUCAACAAAGCUGAGUGCAGUCUUCUCUGCAGCAUUUGUUACCGUUUAGUGGAAGAUGAGGUCACUGCUUUCCCUUUGGUGUAAAUACUUUCUCGUUAGAAGAGCCGGUCUCCUCUAUUCGUGUUCAACAACAAAUCUUUGGCGGUUACUGCUCACCAAGGCGCCAGAAUAUAUUUCAAAAAUGUCAACACCGUAUAAAGAAUCAAUAGCACGUUUGAAUGGCUUGCAAAGCAAUGCAGCGACAGUUCGAAAAUCACUGAGCCAGCGUGGACAAACGCCUAAUGUAAAUCAUGACAUAACAAAAUGGUGCCUUGAGAAAUGCAAUAUUGAGCUGGACGAAAUUGACAGAUUGAAUGUAAUACAUGUUAGCGGGACGAAAGGUAAAGGCUCGACGUGUGCAUUUACUGAAUCAAUCCUACGACAGCUUGGGUUCAAAACUGGUUUCUAUAGUUCUCCACAUCUUGUUCAUGUUCGUGAACGUAUCAGAAUCAAUGGUAAUCCAUUAAUGGAGGAAGAUUUUGUCAAAUAUUUUGAGUACAUUUAUAGUUCUUUGGAAAAAGCAGUCAAGGAAUCAGACAAAACGGCAACGAUGCCUUCAUAUUUCAAAUUCCUCACAGUAAUGGCAUUUCACGUUUUUAUCGAGGAAAAAGUCGAUGUUGCAAUUGUAGAAGUUGGCAUUGGUGGUGAGCAUGACUGUACCAAUAUCAUUCAGAAUCCCGUAGUCUGCGGUCUAACUACUUUGGACUACGAUCACACAUCAAUUCUUGGUUCUACAAUUGAAUUAAUUGCUUGGCACAAAGCAGGUAUUUUCAAAAAUGGUGGUAUGGCAGUCGUUUCUGAACAGCCCGACGGGGCAAUGGAAGUGUUAAGGGAACGAGCAGUUUCUAAAAAUUGUCUUAUGCAAAUAGCUCCACCAUUCACUGCAUACGGCUGGCCACUUAGCAACAUUGAGUAUGGUAUAUCUGGUAUCCAUCAACAGCUGAAUAUAACACUGGCCUUCCAAUUGGUCAGACUGUGGCUAGAAAAAGUUCACAAAUUCACCGAUUUGUUCAAGCAUGUUGAGAAUGCCGAGUUAUCAAAUUCAGAAAUGUUGCCUGGUUUUGUUGUACCGCAAAAGUUUCUAGAUGGUAUUCGUUUGUGCCGAUGGCCUGGUAGAAGUCAGAUAAUCAAGCGUGGAUCGGUAACAUAUUACCUUGAUGGAGCGCACACACCGAAAAGUCUGGAAUGUUGCAUGAAGUGGUUUUUGGACGAAAAUCAAAGAGCGAGAAGAUCAUGGGAAUGUGAUCCAUUCUUGAUACUGCUAUUUCAUUGCACCGGUUCCAGGGAUCCUUCUAUGUUUCUACAAGAAUUAAGUAAAUAUGAUUUCAAAUUGGCAUUAUUUUGUCCGCCUCGAUUAAAUCCCGUGACAGAUCAACAUUCUGAUCGAGCUAAUUAUGCUUGUUCAAGUUAUGAAGAGAUGAAUAGAGUUGCCGAUCAUGCCUCCAUAUGGAGAAAUUUUGGUUAUGCUCAUACGAAAGCUGAAGUAUUUGACUGUGUCCAAAAGGCAAUUGAGAGAAUUGAAAAGUCUGAAGCUACAAAGAAUGAAGUCGUCGUUUUGGUGACAGGUAGCUUACAUCUUGUCGGUAAUGUUCUUGCUGCUUUUGACUUUCGAGUUUGA